AGCAACUGACAAGUCAUCGGAAAGGGGAACAAGAAACAAAACUGUACCACCAUACUUUACCUCUACUUUCCAGAUGCCAUGAUACACAUGGCACCAUAUGCUGCCAUGGCAAUCAGGAAUUUUUUCCAGUAGAUACGCCAGAUGUACUCCAAGAAGAUAAACUGGGAGAGGUGUGAGCGAGGAAGGGACAUGGAUGUGAAGGGUUGCUAGGCCCAUGUGGCACAAGGAAUCAAAACAUUAGGACGGCCUUUGUCCUCUUGUUCAUGCUCCAAUGUUUCUAAUUAUCAGCAUUGUGCCACUUUGGGGUCACUCCAUGUGCAAGCUACUGUUGAGUUUGUCCUCAGAUGAUCUGCAUCUUCCUCGUAGCUCCUAUAUCUUCGCCUUGCAGCUUUCCCCUUGAGCUGCAAAAAAUGAUGGGGCUGCAGGACACUGGCAUCUGCGGCAGCCGGACGGGCGGCUUCUUCCAGUACCAGCGGCUGGAAUGCCGGGACGAGGGGGUCAGCCCACGCCCCAGGCGGCGGUGGCUGCCGUCUCUGAAUGGUAAGGCGGCUUACUCUUGUUUCUCUCCUCUCAAGAAGCUCAAGUGGAGCAGGAUCAGCUCAGUCCUCCUGCUGAGGAAGGCUCCCCAGGCUUCAUCCAAGAUCCGCCACGCCACCUUGGAUGAUUCCUGCCCAACCAUCGUCUUCUUGUCGCAGUGGGGGCUUCCCGUGCUCUCCCGCCCCUCCAUGGCCAGUAGCAAGGGCAAGUACCCCCAUGGGAAGGGCUUCUGAGAAGCAGCAGAUUGUGUCCAUUUUUCAGGUGUCGUCUAUGUUCCUAGUGAUCUAUGUGUUUGUAUUGUAUGCAUGGUAUAUAGCUAGUUGUGUUCGAUCUGAGAUCAGGCACCCUGCAAAUCGGUCAUUUUCAGAUCUUGUGUGGAAUUGUAGGUUGAAUUUAAGUUAAUGCCAGGUAGAAGAACUACAAGGCUAAUAGACGAUCCUGUGCCGUGUGAAUUGUGAUACGAAGAUUAAGAUUUUGCCCUUCA